GUCAGUAGUAAGUUUGGCGUAUUUUUUCAUUGGCUGUUGGUUGACCUCUGACAGCUGCCGUGAAAUGGCGGAUGUUGAUGACUAAAUGGGAAGUAAAGUGCACCUUAUCCAAUAUUUUCUAUAAUUGUGACCUUAACGUAAAAGGCUAACAUAAAUUAAAGUAAUUAUUUUUAUAGUAGCUGUAAUUUAUUGUGGUUCGUUAAUAUAAUCAUAUCGAGGAUCUGGAUUGUUCAUAGUCUAAGUAUAGCCGUCAUUUCAAAAUCAUAUUCUAGUCAGUUAUUAUCUCUCUUAGUUUCAGUCAGUGUCACUCACUGUGACUGUACACUGUACUGUAGUGUAUGAAGUGUGUGACACACUGUGUGAUCAAUGAAGUGACUGAAGUAAAUUUAUUCAGUAUUCAGUUUGACUGAGUUUAUGUCAUUAGAUGAUAAAGUAUCGUAUGCAUUUAAGUAAAACAUAUUAUUAUGGGGCCUAACUUCUAACUAACUGCAUUUUAAUUUUGUAAAGGAGUCUAUAAAUUAUUAUUAAUAAUUAAUAUAGGGCCUAAUUAUUAUUAUUAUUAAAAAAUAUUAAUCUUCUGACUAGGACUAGGACUACAGUGUAGGUAACUGAGUCAGUAUAGGUCUACACUACACAGCACCCUAAUUGAUAAUAAUUAAUAAAAGGUUGUUACUUUAACUGAAUUAAGUUUUUAAAUAUUAAUUUAGCCAAUUUAAUUUAUUAUUAAUUAAUUAAAUAGUAAUUUAGAGUAUUUAAAGUAUGUUAUGUUGGUUGCAUUGACAGUAGUAAAAUAGAUUAAAAAGCAAAGUCAGUAAUAAAGUAAAGUCUGUAAAGGGCUUAUUACUUAUUGCAAUUGAAACUAUAACUAAAAUAUAUAUAUUUAUUAUAAAUAUAAAUAAUAUAAGCUUAAGGCAUAGCUUAUUAUAGUUAUAGUAUUAACCUGUAAUAGUAAACUAUCAAUUUAUUGAUCAUUUAUGCUCCUAUGCCUAUAUAGUAUAUAGGCUAUGUGUAUGUAAUAUAAAAUAUAGACUAUAAUGGCCUAAUUACUAAUACAGGAAAACCUCUUUUAAAGGACCUUUAAAUUGCCAUUAAAACGAGGUCGUAAAUUGGAGGGGUCUUAAAAAAGAGGUAGGACAUUUUCAAAAAACGUCGUUUAGAAAAUUAAGUAAACAAGUAAAAAAAAAAUAAACACACCAUUAAGAAUAGUCAAUAUCUACCAUCUUUCGUUCAGAAAUAUAGAUUAAACUCUGUCUCAAAACCAAUACAGUCACUACUUCCUAUUCCUCAUUAAUUCCAAAAUAAAAAUCAAUGCUCCUAUUGUAGUUGUUUAAAAGCGUGGGUAAGUGCUGAGUACAUGCUUAGAGUUAUAAACUAUUUAUUAAUAAGAUAAGCGCAUUAAUAUUGUUGUAAUUAUUUGUAUUUUAAUCAUUAAAUAGUUUUUUUGUUGAUAGAAAGCUGUUAUUGCUGUUUGUUUGCAUGAUCCCCCCACCCGUGCAUGUUCUUUUAGUGUGUCACUUUGAACACCAGACAUUAUGUCGGCAAGGUCCAAAAGGCCCCUGUUCAGGGCAAAUCUGGUCAGCUCCUUGGAGUAUUUCAAACUUCCUAGCUGCUUUAGUGCAUUGUCUGAGGUUAAAAGUUUUAAACGAAACUAUUUUCUUCAAGCUCACAAAUAUAGCAUUGCUUUGGAAUCCGACUUUUUCAGGUGCUAGGUCGUAAAAUUUAAUUAUUUGAAGGUCUCAAGUUGCGUUUUAGAGUGAGUGGUUUAAGAGAGGUCGUUUAUAUAGUACAAAGCAUCAGGGAUUUUUUUGCCGGUCGUAUGUUGGAGGAAGUCUUUUAAGAGAAGGUCGCAAAACGUAGGUUUUACUAUAUUUAUAAUAUUAUUAUAAAAUAAUUAAAUACACUGAGUCAAUCAAUACUAUCAACAGUAUAAAUCCUGCUGGUUGCUUUUUCUGUUGUCAAUCGCCGCCAAUCAGACUUGAGCACACAUAAAAUACGAAUACAUACAAAAAUUAAACUUAAAAUCAAUAAUUAUCAUUUAUACAAAAAUUUCAACAUAAAAAAUUCUUAGUGUAUUAAGGCAAAGUUACUAAAGUGAUUUACCAUAUGCCAUACAUUGCACUCUCAGUUCAUAUAAGUUUUAUAUUAAAUGGUCCUCAGUAUUGUAACAAAAAUAUUGGUCCAACAUAGCAUAAAUAAUUUUAAUGUGUUACAAUGUCUUAGGUUAUGCCUAAUAAUUUGUUAUAAAAUGUCAAAAAAAUUGUAAUAUUGUAUGAGUCAAUAAAUAUAAUUUGCAAAGAAAUCAGCAGUUUAGAAAAAUUAAGGUUAAAACAAGUAUUUUGCACACAAAAAAAUUCAGUUUGAAAAUAGAUUUACAUACAGAUUUUAAACUGUGGAAACUUCGAACUAAUUUGAGUGAAACUUUAUUCAUUGAUGAUGUUUAUUCACCUGGAUACCUAAAAGUGGAUAGUGUUUGUUGAAAGGAAAAUGAUUUUCAACUUAAAUUGAUUCAACCAAUCGUGAAUGGCACAAGAGAAAUCUAAAUCUCGAAGCAGCAUGUUUGUGAGUAUUUUAAUGUAAUUAUUAUAUAAUUUUGCUAUGAACCAAAUUGGAAUAAUUUUUCAGUUCAUUCUUUUUUAUAUUCUAGUUUCUAAUUCUUUUCAAAGCUAGAGUUUAUUUUAAAAAAUAAAUAGAAAAAUGUGAUGUCCUGGCAACAAUGUUAUGGUUAUCACCACAUUUACUAAUUUGAUGGGCAUAUUUUUUACUUUAAUGUUAUAAUAUGUUUGAGGAAAUUUUGAAUAGAUAAAUUGAUUAAAUUAAAUCCAAUUGUCAUUAAACCCAAAUUACAAUUUACAUACCAAUGAAAGCAUUUAAAUGUUUUUGUGUUGAAUAUUUUUACUGAGUGUAGCCCAUAGUAUUACAUGGGACACAUGGACAUACACAAGGAUUCUCAUCAAUGUGUAAUGCAGCUCAAUGUCUUUGUGUCCCUUUAAAGAUGACUACAGUAUGUUGAGCUAUUGCUUGGCCAAUUUAAAGAUUACUUACAGUAUGUUGAGCUACUGCUUGACCAAUUUAAAGAUGAAUUACAGUAUGUUUAGCUAUUGCUUGACCAAUUUAAAGAUGACUUACAGUAUGUUGAGCUAUUGCUUGACCAAUUAAAAGAUGAAUUACAGUAUGUUGAGCUAUUGCUUGACCAAUUUAAAGAUGACUUACAGUAUGUUGAGCUAUUGCUCCACCAUUUAAAGACCAUUUACAGUAUGUUGAGCCAUUGCUUGACCUAUAAAAGAUGACUUACAGUAUUUUGAACUAUUGCUUGACUAAAAAAAAUAAGUUUGUUACCUGUGCUUUAGUAAACAGUCAGCCAACAAAGUCAAAUGUAUUUUCAAUAUUUUUAUAGACUAAUAGUAAACUGUAGAGAGUACUUUAGAUAGAUAUACAGUUGAUAUGCACUAAGCUUUGUACAAACAUUUUGAGUUGACCUGUUGACUCAAAUUUUUUCCCAAGUUCAACAAGAAAAGCAAAAAACCCAGUAAAAGUACAUCUUCUGCAUCAUCAAAAAGUGCACCUUCUGAUGACCAUGGAUUUAAUGGAGGGGAUCCAUUUACUGAAACUGUGGACUUCCAGCACAUGGGUGACAAGGAAGUGGAUAAGCGAUUUGAGCAGUUGCUUGUAAGUUUUUAAAAUUAUGCUUUUCAAAGACAGAAGAAACUUGAUUGACUUUAUUUAUGCAGUGCCCAUAGUGAUCGUGUCUGCCGCAGUGACAUUGUGUAUUCAUUUCCCAAAGUGAUACUGUCUGCUGCAGUGACACUAAGUAUUCAUCUCCCAGAGUGAUCGUGUCUGAGGUUUGCAUUUUGCACCUCCUCAGUUGUUUUAAACUCUCUGUUUGAUGGCUGGAAUGGACUACUUCAUGAGCCUUCAUAUUUUUCUUGCACAAUUCCUUUUUGAGCAUAGGCUGCCAUUCUUUUGGUUGUCCACCCUAUACCAGCUUGCUGAACAGCUUGGUCCUUGGAAAUGCACUCUGGAUUCAUUCUUUUGAUAUUGCAGGGCUAGCAAAGUCACUUGAUGGUGAGAGUGGAGAACAUGUUGGCAUGCCCCAGUAGCUCCGUGUUGAACACUUUUUGCUGCUAUAGAAUGUGCUCUGUGCACUGCAGACAUAUCAGGUGGAAGCCAUUGAGUUUUCCUUGAUGCAUAUGUUGUUGGUCCACUCCUUACUGCCACCCAGAAGAGUAAUGAGCAUAGUGGUAUAGGCAGAAUUUAAAGUCAGGGGUAUCUCCUUGUUUUUUUUUUUUUUUUGUUGUUGUUUUUUUAAUGUCUCAUUUUAUUUGUGUGAUUUAAUAUUGCAUUUAAUUUAACUAAAUGCUGCUGUUGCUGCCCACAAUAUUUGAUAUUAAUUUAGUUUAUUAAAUUUUCAUUGUUUCCUUUGAUAUUAAGAUGUUUAUAUUCCGUGGUUUAAAGAUGUAAUAACAUUAAAUUUGAUUAAACAUAGUGAUUGACUUAUACAAGCAAUGCUUCUAACUAACUUUCAUCUCUGUGACUUAUCCUGAAAUGUUCAUGAUUUAAAAUUUAUUUAAAUGGCUACAAUGAAAGUGGGAGCAGUCACAUAAAUAUUGGCUCAAUACUUUGUCCUUGUCACUUAAUUCAAAGGAAGCAGUCAGAGUGUUUCCCGGUGACCUGGCCAGAUUUCACUGUGGACAUUUUGAAAUGGCACGGAUUCAUAAUAAUUUAAAAGUUCUUUUGUUGUUUUUUUUUGUCCAUUACAAUUUAAUAUGGGCAGCGUUCACAGCCCCCCCAAAAAAUUUGGAAAACUUUAUGAUUUUUGGAUAGAUAUUUAGGGAUUUAAACAUUAGUUGGCCUCCAUUUAGCCAAACGCUAUCUGUAUCUAUGACGAAACUGACAGUUGUGUCUCAAAAAUAAUAGAUAAAUAUCUUCAUUGAAGGUGUGAACAAAUAAAAAGUGAAAUGAAAAAGUCAAAAUGCUAACAAUUCUUCUUCUACAUAUUAAGGGCCCGCGAUCAAUUUAUUGAUCAUUUUGGCUCAAUUGUUAAUGUAAGUUGCGUAUAGUCACUAAACCGGUGAUAGCGUUGUCUUUCAUUAACGAAUUCUAUCACCAAUGUCUUGGUAACAUGGUGGCUAGGAGAGUUGUUUGCUCUAUCACCAAUGUCUUGGUAACAUGGUGGCUAGUCGAGUUGUUUGCUCUAUCACCAAUGUCUUGGUAACAUGGUGGCUAGCCGAGUUGUUUGUUCCAUCACCAAUGUCUUGGUAACAUGGUGGCUAGCAGAGUUGUUUGCUCUAUCACCAAUGUCUUGGUAACAUGGUGGCUAGUAGAGUUGUUUGCUCUAUCACCGUGGUCUUGGUAACAUGGUGGCUAGCCGAGUUGUUUGUUCCAUCACCAAUGUCUUGGUAACAUGGUGGCUAGCCGAGUUGUUUGCUCUAUCACCAAUGUGUUGGUAACAUGGUGGCUAGCAGAGUUGUUUGCUCUAUCACCAAUGUCUUGUAACAUGGUGGCUAGCAGAGUUGUUUUUUCUAUCACCAAUGUCUUGUAACAUGGUGGCUAGCAGAUUUGUUUGCUCUAUCACCAAUGUCUUGUAACAUGGUGGCUAGCAGAGUUGUUUGCUCUAUCACCAAUGUCUUGGUAGUAUGGUGGCUAGCCGAGUUGUUUGUUCUAUCACCAAUGUCUUGUAACAUGGUGGCUAGCAGAGUUGUUUGCUCUAUCACCAAUGUCUUGUAACAUGGUGGCUAGCAGAGUUGUUUUUUCUAUCACCAAUGUCUUGGUAGCAUGGUGGCUAGCAGAGUUGUUUGCUCUAUCACCAAUGUCUUGGUAACAUGGUGGCUAGCCGAGUUGUUUGUUCUAUCACCAAUGUCUUGUAACAUGGUGGCUAGCAGAGUUGUUUGUUCUAUCACCAAUGUCUUGGUAACAUGGUGGCUAGCAGAGUUGUUUGCUCUAUCACCAAUGUCUUGGUAACAUGGUGGCUAGCAGAGUUGUUUGUUCUAUCACCAAUGUCUUGGUAACAUGGUGGCUAGCAGAGUUGUUUGCUCUAUCACCAAUGUCUUGGUAACAUGGUGGCUAGCAGAGUUGUUUGUUCUAUCACCAAUGUCUUGGUAACAUGGUGGCUAGCAGAGUUGUUUGCUCUAUCACCAAUGUCUUGGUAACAUGGUGGCUAGCAGAGUUGUUUGUUCUAUCACCAAUGUCUUGGUAACAUGGUGGCUAGCAGAGUUGUUUGCUCUAUCACCAAUGUCUUGGUAACAUGGUGGCUAGCAGAGUUGUUUGUUCUAUCACCAAUGUCUUGGUAACAUGGUGGCUAGCAGAGUUGUUUGCUCUAUCACCAAUGUCUUGGUAACAUGGUGGCUAGCAGAGUUGUUUGCUCUAUCACCAAUGUCUUUGUAACAUGGUGGCUAGCAGAGUUGUUUGUUCUAUCACCAAUGUCUUGGUAACAUGGUGGCUAGCAGAGUUGUUUGCUCUAUCACCAAUGUCUUGGUAACAUGGUGGCUAGCAGAGUUGUUUGUUCUAUCACCAAUGUCUUGGUAACAUGGUGGCUAGCAGAGUUGUUUGCUCUAUCACCAAUGUCUUGGUAACAUGGUGGCUAGCAGAGUUGUUUGUUCUAUCACCAAUGUCUUGGUAACAUGGUGGCUAGCAGAGUUGUUUGCUCUAUCACCAAUGUCUUGUAACAUGGUGGCUAGCAGAGUUGUUUUUUCUAUCACCAAUGUCUUGGUAGCAUGGUGGCUAGCAGAGUUGUUUGCUCUAUCACCAAUGUCUUGUAACAUGGUGGCUAGCAGAGUUGUUUUUUCUAUCACCAAUGUCUUGGUAGCAUGGUGGCUAGCCGAGUUGUUUGUUCUAUCACCAAUGUCUUGUAACAUGGUGGCUAGCAGAGUUGUUUGCUCUAUCACCAAUGUCUUGGUAACAUGGUGGCUAGCAGAGUUGUUUGCUCUAUCACCAAUGUCUUGGUAACAUGGUGGCUAGCAGAGUUGUUUUUUCUAUCACCAAUGUCUUGGUAGCAUGGUGGCUAGCAGAGUUGUUUGCUCUAUCACCAACGUCUUGGUAACAUGGUGGCUAGCCGAGUUGUUUGUUCUAUCACCAAUGUCUUGUAACAUGGUGGCUAGCAGAGUUGUUUUUUCUAUCACCAAUGUCUUGGUAGCAUGGUGGCUAGCCGAGUUGUUUGUUCUAUCACCAAUGUCUUGGUAGCAUGGUGGCUAGCAGAGUUGUUUGCUCUAUCACCAAUGUCUUGGUAACAUGGUGGCUAGCAGAGUUGUUUGCUCUAUCACCAAUGUCUUGGUAGCAUGGUGGCUAGCAGAGUUGUUUUUUCUAUCACCAAUGUCUUGAUAGCAUGGUGGCUAGCCGAGUUGUUUGUUCUAUCACCAAUGUCUUGGUAGCAUGGUGGCUAGCAGAGUUGUUUGCUCUAUCACCAAUGUCUUGGUAACAUGGUGGCUAGCAGAGUUGUUUGCUCUAUCACCAAUGUCUUGGUAACAUGGUGGCUAGCAGAGUUGUUUGUUCUAUCACCAAUGUCUUGGUAACAUGGUGGCUAGCAGAGUUGUUUGCUCUAUCACCAAUGUCUUGGUAACACGGUGGCUAGCCGAGUUGUGUGAUCUAUCACCAAUGUCUUGGUAACAUGGUGGCUAGCAGAGUUGUUUGCUUCAGGUGUUGUCACGGAAGAAUGACUUGUCAAUGUUACGUGAUGUCAUGUACAAAGGCAGGCCAUGCGGUGUCGGGGUUGAACACUUACAACCAACAACGGCCACUCGAGCGUCCAAACGCCCCCUCCCCCCACCCCUCCGACUGAUCGGGUGUAUAAUUGGUGGCGCCCCUCUGAUUUCAGGAUCAGCAUGCCACGGGAGUCCGUCCCCUUGUAUGACACUGUCAGACAGCGGGCAUGAAUCAAAUAACAAUUGACGAUAGAUUCCAACAGUAUGGAAGAAAUACAAUGGGUUCUCUUUCUCUGAUCCAAUGCUAGAGUAGGGAAACGUUCCUCAUUAGUCAUGUCAGUUUAUUGGUGGAGGUUCAUGUCAAACUUUAUUUCACCCUGCGUGCAAAAGGGUGGAAACAAAACGUUUUUUUCUCUCUCUAAAGUGGGUGGGGGUUCAGAUCAGAUUUCUUAUAAGACAUCGAAUCUUUGUCAUGUAAACAAACGUCCACAUAUGUGCUGAUAAGAUGAUGAUUUCAAUGUGAACUCGAUCGAUUGGGUCGAAGAAGAAUUGGUAGAUAACUGGGCAAAGAACGGGUAGGAUAAGGCCUACAAACUGAAGGUCUGAAUUCAAGCUGUGUCAAUGAAAUAGUAGAACAAGGUACGUUGAAACGUUCACAUCUUAUUGUCCUGUCUGUUGAUUCAAGCUUCAACACACCUUGCUCUACUCUUUCAUUUUAGGAUAAGUCAACACAACUGAUCACGGUUUUACGUGAAAAUAUGGCAGGCAUUGCAUGAGUUGGUCAUUUGACACUGACCAUACAUGUUGGUGGGAGAUCAUGUUCUCAUUCCUUGCUGCUCAUUGAAAACGGGGUAUUUAAUAGACAUGGGGAGAAUACGAUUGUAUGAAGUGGCGUCAAUUUACUUGGCUAAAUGCCGCCCUGGGCGAACUCCCAAAUCUGCGCCCCCUUUAAACACUCACACAUCAUUUAUACAAUGCUGUAUUUAAAGUGCAAAAGUGCAGCCCUGUUCGCGACUCGCACAUCAUUUAUGCAAUGCUAUAUUAAAAGUGCAAAAGUGCAGCCCUGUUCAAGACUCAAACAUCAUUUAUACAAUGCUGUAUUUAAAGCGCAAAAGUGCAGCCCUGUUCGAGACUCAAACAUCAUUUAUACAAUGCUAUAUUUAAAGUGCAAAAGUGCAGCCCUGUUCGCGACUCACACAUCAUUUAUACAAUGCUAUAUUUAAAGUGCAAAAGUGCAGCCCUGUUCGAGACUCACACAUCAUUUAUACAAUGCUAUAUUUAAAGUGCAAAAGUGCAGCCCUGUUCGCGACUCACACAUCAUUUAUACAAUGCUAUAUUUAAAGUGCAAAAGUGCAGCCCUGUUCGUGACUCACACAUCAUUUAUACAAUGCUAUAUUUAAAGUGCAAAAGUGCAGCCCUGUUCGCGACUCACACAUCAUUUAUACAAUACUAUAUUUAAAGUGCAAAAGUGCAGCCCUGUUCGUCACUCACACAUCAUUUAUACAAUGCUGUAUUUAAAGUGCAAAAGUGCAGCCCUGUUCGCGACUCACACAUCAUUUAUACAAUGCUGUAUUUAAAGUGCAAAAGUGCAGCCCUGUUCGUGACUCACACAUCAUUUAUACAAUGCUGUAUUUAAAGCGCAAAAGUGCAGCCCUGUUCGAGACUCAAACAUCAUUUAUACAAUGCUGUAUUUAAAGCGCAAAAGUGCAGCCCUGUUCGAGACUCAAACAUCAUUUAUACAAUGCUAUAUUUAAAGUGCAAAAGUGCAGCCCUGUUCGAGACUCAAACAUCAUUUAUACAAUGCUAUAUUUAAAGUGCAAAAGUGCAGCCCUGUUCGAGACUCAAACAUCAUUUAUACAAUGCUAUAUUUAAAGUGCAAAAGUGCAGCCCUGUUCGAGACUCAAACAUCAUUUAUACAAUGCUGUAUUUGAAGUGCAAAAGUGCAGCCCUGUUCGAGACUCAAACAUCAUUUAUAUAAUGCUAUAUUUAAAGUGCAAAAGUGCAGCCCUGUUCGAGACUCAAACAUCAUUUAUACAAUGCUGUAUUUAAAGUGCAAAAGUGCAGCCCUGUUCGAGACUCAAACAUCAUUUAUACAAUGCUGUAUUUAAAGCGCAAAAGUGCAGCCCUGUUCGAGACGCACACAUCAUUUAUACAAUGCUAUAUUUAAAGUGCAAAAGUGCAGCCCUGUUCGUGACUCACACAUCAUUUAUACAAUGCUGUAUUUAAAGUGCAAAAGUGCAGCCCUGUUCGCGACUCACACAUCAUUUAUACAAUGCUAUAUUUAAAGUGCAAAAGUGCACCCCUGUUCAAGACUCAAACAUCAUUUAUACAAUGCUGUAUUUAAAGCACAAAAGUGCAGCCCUGUUCGUGACUCACACAUCAUUUAUACAAUGCUAUAUUUAAAGUGCAAAAGUGCAGCCCUGUUCGAGACUCAAACAUCAUUUAUACAAUGCUAUAUUUAAAGUGCAAAAGUGCAGCCCUGUUCGAGACUCAAACAUCAUUUAUAUAAUGCUAUAUUUAAAGUGCAAAAGUGCAGCCCUGUUCGAGACUCAAACAUCAUUUAUAUAAUGCUAUAUUUAAAGUGCAAAAGUGCAGCCCUGUUCGAGACUCAAACAUCAUUUAUACAAUGCUAUAUUUAAAGUGCAAAAGUGCAGCCCUGUUCGAGACUCAAACAUCAUUUAUACAAUGCUGUAUUGCUAUAUUUAAAGUGCAAAAGUGCAGCCCUGUUCGAGACUCAAACAUCAUUUAUACAAUGCUGUAUUUAAAGUGCAAAAGUGCAGCCCUGUUCGAGACUCAAACAUCAUUUAUACAAUGCUGUAUUAAAAGCGCAAAAGUGCAGCCCUGUUCGAGACUCAAACAUCAUUUAUAUAAUGCUAUAUUUAAAGUGCAAAAGUGCAGCCCUGUUCGAGACUCAAACAUCAUUUAUAUAAUGCUGUAUUUAAAGUGCAAAAGUGCAGCCCUGUUCGCUCGCCUCCCCCGAUACCUCCCACGCCCUCCACUGAUUGUAUGUAUCUGGAAUACUUUGUAAAUUUCAUUAAAACAUAUUCUUUAUAACUAGAUGAAAAAAUCGACCUUAUAUAGAACUCUAGAGAUCUACAUGGAAACACUGCCACUGGGUUACUAAACGAUGUCAUGGUGUUUUCCAAAUGACUCGUGUGAAAUCAAGCGUUUUGACUAACAAACAUUUGGGGAAAUCAGUGCUUAUUGAACCGCCAUUUUGGUUCAGCUCAUGCAAAGCUAAAAACACUUGUCUACCUGUUGCAAUUGCCCGGCCAUUAAAAUCAACAUUGUGGAAUGUUCCUGUAGAAGGAUUCUCUACCUGCCGACAAAUGGGAUUGUCCUAUAGGGUAAUCAGUUGGACAACUAUUAGCUGGAUUCGUGGUCUAUUUUUAAUCCACUUUGUGCAACUAGGGCAACGGAUUUUUCAAACACAAGGAACAUUUCGUGUGAACUGAACCAGGGGCUGUAUCAUGUACAACCGAACCAUUUGUACAAAGCAAAUGAUCCACAUGCCCUAAUUAUGCUUAACAUAAACGUUGGAAAGGACAAUAAAUGAAACAAAUAUCUUCCCCGCGUGUCAUCAACACGUGUUUCAUACAUAUGUAUAUAUAUAAGAAUUAGUUUAUAUUAACCCAUAACGCUAUAACAUUUAAAACGUACAGACACAUAAUUAUAAGCAGUAUUGCGUCAUGACAAGGAAAAACGUUCCAUCAACCCCCGCCCACCUUCCUUACUCGCCCCCCCCCCCCCCCCGCCCAAAUGAAAACAUUAAUCCCUUAUAAUAUUCAUUAUUCCUGGUCUAUUUCCUAUGCUAUAUGUAUAACAUUCACUAUCCAACAUUAAUCUAUAUUAUAACACGAGCAUGUUGACAACAUUUUGUUCAGUUGCCAACCAAAAAGCUUUCCGACAAGCUAACUACAAACACGCCGAUAAAUGUACUUUUACAACAUAAUUUUAAUGAUAAACAUUUGUCGUUCCCAACACUUAAUGGUUUAUUCCAGCGUUCACUUACCAUUUUAUAAGUAUGAGCAAACAGGAGUAUUAUUAUUCAAACUGGAAGAAACCAAUUACAAAUGAAAAUGGCUUUAAAAUAAAUUACUUUUGGCCAAUCUACGAGCUCGCAAAAAACCAUUAGUUGUCAGCUUGUGUAGUGUAAUGUAGAAUCUUUAGCGACAUCAGGGCCUUGUACGUACUGGCCAGCGAUCUAAGUCUUAUCUUACUUCUUGAAGUUCUAAAACGUCUGUGUUACGGACCUGGUCAUGGGUGCGAGAUAUGGCACCUCGGACCUGGACACGAGUGUGAGAUGUGGCACCUCGGACCUAGACACGAGUGUGAGAUGUGGCACAUCGGACUUAGACACGAGUGUGAGAUGUGGCAUCUCGGACCUGGACACGAGUGUAGGAUGUGGCACCUCGGAGCUAGACACGAGUGUGAGAUUAGGCACAUGGGACCUAGACACGAGUGUGAGAAGUAGCACCUCGGACCUAGACACGAGUGUGAGAUGUGGCACCUCGGACUUAGACACGAGUGUGGGAUGUGGCACCUCGGACCUAGACACGAGUGUGAGAUGUGGCACCUCGGACCUAGACACGAGUGUGAGAUGUGGCACCUCGGACCUAGACAAGAGUGUGAGAUGUGGCACCUCGGACCUAGACACGAGUGUGAGAUGUGGCACCUCGGACCUAGACACGAGUGUGAGAUGUGGCACCUCGGACCUAGACAAGAGUGUGAGAUGUGGCACCUCGGACCUAGACACUAGUAUGAGAUGUGACACCUCGGACCUAGACACGACUUCCAUAUAAGGUCGAGGCAAUUCAUUUAUAAUUAAGAUAGCAUUUAAAACAAAACCGAUUUUUGCAUAAGUAAAUUAAAUGUAAUAUACUUUAAAAAAAAAAAUAUGUUCCCGUCCUGGGCAGAUAGCAUGAUCACUAAAUGACCAGUACCCGUCCUGGGCAGAUAGCAUGAUCACUAAAUGACCAGUACCCGUCCUGGGCAGAUAGCAUGGUCACUAAAUGACCAGUACCCGUCCUGGGCAGAUAGCAUGGUCACUAAAUGACUAGUAGUUCUGAGGGCUCUUUCACGGGACUUACCGUUUGCAUUAAACAGAGGCGUAGCUAGGGUUAGGGUCACCCGGGGGCGGGACAAUUUUUUGCCAUUCUCUUACAUGAAAAAAAAAACUGCAGCUGUCCGAAAACCCCACCCCCUUCCUACGCCACUGUUAAUACAUCAGAUUGCAGUGCCUGGUUGGGUGCCACAAGUUACAUAGAAUAAAACAUUUCCAUGAUUGUCGUAUUGGAUUCAAUAUACCUGUACGGUCAUUGUCAUUUUAAAAUAAAUGGACAUUUUUUUGUUCUAGGAUGACAUGAACCUGACUGAGGAAAAGAAGGCACCGCUCAGAUCAAAGGAUGGAGUGUUCAGAAGGCAGAUGUUACAGAUGCACGUCAGAGGGGUCACCAAGGUAAGUUCACGGUUUAUCCCAGGGAUAAACCCUUCUCUCUUCACUGCCUCUAUUAAUGUACUUGGUACCUUUUCCGGUUCAGCUGUUGGGAUAAUAAAACAUUACAGAUGGGCAUAGUUCUUAAGUCAUUUCAUUUUCUAACCUAGUCACCAUCUUGUAGUUGCCACCAGUGUCCAUUGAUAAACAUGGAAACGUUACACCCAUCGAUGCUCCUCUACUAAAUUAUACGGGAAAUUAAAAUCUUGUUCAUAACAACUUUUUGUAAAGAGAUGGGCGAAGGUUUGUGGGAGGACGGCACUGUGGGCGAAGGUUUGUGGGAGGACGGCAAUGUGGGCGGAGGUUUUUGGGAGGACGGCAAUGUGGGCGGAGGUUUUUGGGAGGACGGCACUGUGGGCGAAGGUUUGUGGGAGGACGGCACUGUGGGCGAAGGUUUUUGGGAGGACGGCAAUGUGGGCGAAGGUUUGUGGGAGGACGGCAAUGUGGGCGGAGUUUUGUGGGAGGACUGCACUGUGGGAAAAGGUUUGUGGGAGGACGGCACUGUGGGUGAAGGUUUCUGGGAGGAUGGCAAUGUGGGCAAAGGUUUGUGGGAGGACGGCAAUGUGGGCGGAGGUUUGUGGGAGGACAGCACUGUGGGCAAAGGUUUGUGGGAGGACGGCACUGUGUGCAAAGGUUUGUGGGAGGACGGCACUGUGGGAAAAGGUUUGUGGGAGGACGGCACUGUGGGCAAAGGUUUGUGGGAGGACGGCACUGUGUGCAAAGGUUUGUGGGUGGACGGCACUGUGGGAAAAGGUUUGUGGGAGGACGGCAAUCUGGGCAAAGGUUUGUGGGAGGACGGCACUGUGGGCAAAGGUUUGUGGGAGGGCGGCACUGUGGGCGAAAGUUUAUGGGAGGACGGCACUGUGGGCGAAGGUUUUUGGGAGGACGGCAAUGUGGGCAAAGGUUUGUGGGAGGACAGCACUGUGGGCAAAGGUUUGUGGGAGGACGGCACUGUGGGCGAAAGUUUGUUGGAGGACGGCACUGUGGGCAAAGGUUUGUGGGAGGACGGCACUGUGUUCUUUGAGGCAACGAGUUACGGGAUCUUCAUCAGCAUAAGUUUUAAUUAACAGCUGGGCCAUGGGGGUAAUGUUUACAACUGUAAAUUGGUCUUCUAUAUGUUCACAAUGAAAAUUGACUACGAUUUUUACUAAGGACGCAUAUCAACCACCGCAGAUAGCAUUCACUGACAGUGUCAACAGACAAGAGAUGUUUCAAUAGCAUUCACUGACAGUGUCAACAGACAAGAGAUGUUUCAAUAGACUUUUCUUUGUUUCUGUCAUGUGUUUACACAUUUAUCACAUUUAUCGUUUUCCAUUAUUAAGUUUUUCUCUACUCUGGCUGCAGUGAGUGAUUUAAAUACUAUGUUGUUUAAUGCGAUAUAAAUAGUACGCCUUUCAAGUGCCUUUAUUUAAGGUUGGGGCGGGGGCUGGGGGGUGCAAAUACAUUUGCAAUUAGAAUGAAAACCAUGUUUCGCCUUCACGCAAUUUUCCAUUAAACCAUUGCCUAACCUGAGGCAUAGCUGCCGCUGUAACAGGUUGUUUUUCCAGGAAUAUCUCGCAUAAUAGGUUAUUCCCGAUAAUUGGCUACUAAGUCAGUAUGUCAGAGUUAAGUUAUUUUUAAGUCUUACCUACAAGAUUACAGCACAUUAUACGUAGACUACUGAGUCAUAUAACUAGGUCUUGUUCUAGACUUGAAUCAUAUCACUAUGUCUUACACUAGGUCAGUGGUCGCCAAACUCAUUAGUCGAAAGAGCCAAAAAAAUCAGCAGCAGGACGAUUUAAAAAGUUUUGACAGCCAAAUUUCUUUUCAAGAACCUGUCAAGAACUAUGUUUUUCGGAGUGGAAACCGAUUUCUGUACUAGGCUGUUGAGUCAUAUCACUAGGCCUUGUACUAGACUGUUGAGUCAUAUCACUAGGUCUUGUACUAGACUGUUGAGUCAUAUCACUAGGUCUUGUACUAAACUGUUGAGUCAUAUCACUAGGUCUUGUACUAAACUGUUGAGUCAUAUCACUAGGUCUUGUACUAGACUGUUGAGUCAUAUCACUAGGUCUUGUACUAGACUGUUGAGUCAUAUCACUAGGUCUUGUACUAGACUGUUGAGUCAUAUCACUAGGUCUUGUACUAAACUGUUGAGUCAUAUCACUAGGUCUUGUACUAGACUGUUGAGUCAUAUCACUAGGUCUUGUACUAGACUAUUGAGUCAUAUCACUAGGUCUUGUACUAGACUGUUGAGUCAUAUCACUAGGUCUUGUACUAGACUGUUGAGUCAUAUCACUAGGUCUUGUACUAGACUGUUGAAACACCCGCUUUACCAAGUCAUUCUCUGUGUAUUGAAACUCUCUAGAAGUUGAACCCGGCGUCCGUCGUCUUAGAGUCAAAUAAAAUUAGAGUUGUCAUUAUUAUUUCAUCUUUUUUUUUUUAAAUUUCUGAGUUUUCCUGCCACAAUUAGGCUAGGAGCUACCCUUUCUUUAAAUAUCAUUUGGCGUGUGGAUGAGGGGGGGGGGGACGGGGACAUCUCCAUGAUGGUGAAACUAGACACUCAUGUGAGCCAUUUACAAAUGGUUUGCAUGUUUUAUAGAAAUAAUCAAAACAGGAUAUGUUGCUGCUGGGAUUACAGAACAAGGCAAACAACACGAAGUAUUUUGGGAUAAAUGCCUUCCUCGGGAAUACAAAAAAAAUAACAAGGAAAUUAAUUUUUUAUAAAUAAUUACGGAUGGGGUUGUAGGGGGGCAAUGAAAACUUAACUCUCCAAUAACUUGACAGGAAGUAGUUCAUAAACUAAACUUAAAGCUACAACAUCUUGUGGCGAAUCUUUGACACGUCUGAGCACAGAGUCUCUAUAACUUUGUAUCUUUUAACGUUUGAUGGAAGUAUUGUGUGUGUGUGAGUCAUAGAGCCUUGAGUCCCGAAUAGUAAUUAAUCAUUUUGUAUUGGUCGACCGGUUAAUCAACUAGUUGACUAGUGCCGGGAAAUGCUGGGGACGGGUUUAGACCAUAUCAUCAUUACAAUAACAGCAGCUCUUAGGGUUAAUGCCAUAUACUCACUCAGUGGCGUGGCUAGGGUUAAUGCCAUAUACUCACUCAGUGGCGUGGCUAGGGUUAAUGCCAUAUACUCACUCAGUGGCGUAGCUAGGGUUAAUGCCAUAUACUCUCUCAGUGGCGUGGCUAGGGUUAAUGCCAUAUACUCACUCAGUGGCGUGGCUAUGGUUAAUGCCAUAUAUUCACUCAGUGGCGUAGCUAGGGUUAAUGCCAUAUACUCACUCAGUGGCGUAGCUAGGGUUAAUGCCAUAUACUCACUAAGUGGCGUAACUAUGGUUAAUGCCAUAUACUCACUCAGUGGCGUAGCUAGGGUUAAUGCCAUAUACUCACUCAGUGGCGUAGCUAGGGUUAAUGCCAUAUACUCACUCAGGGGCGUAGCUAGGGUUAAUGCCAUAUACUCACUCAGUGGCGUAGCUAGGGUUAAUGCCAUAUACUCACUCAGUGGCGUAGCUAGGGUUAAUGCCAUAUACUCACUCAGUGGCGUAGCUAGGGUUAAUGCCAUAUACUCACUCAGUGGCGUGGCUAGGGUUAAUGCCAUAUACUCACUCAGUGGCGUAGCUAGGGUUAAUGCCAUAUACUCACUCAGUGGCGUAGCUAGGGUUAAUGCCAUUUACUCACUCAGUGGCGUAGCUAGGGUUAAUGCCAUAUACUCACUCAGUGGCGUGGCUAGGGUUAAUGCCAUAUACUCACUCAGUGGCGUGGCUAGGGUUAAUGCCAUAUAUUCACUCAGUGGCGUAGCUAGGGUUAAUGCCAUAUUCUCACUCAGUGGCGUAGCUAGGGUUAAUGCCAUAUACUCACUCAGUGGCGUAGCUAGGGUUAAUGCCAUAUACUCACUCAGUGGCGUAGCUAGGGUUAAUGCCAUAUACUCACUCAGUGGCGUAGCUAGGGUUAAUGCCAUAUACUCACUCAGUGGCGUAGCUAGGGUUAAUGCCAUAUACUCACUCAGUGGCGUAGCUAGGGUUAAUGCCAUAUACUCACUCAGUGGCGUAGCUAGGGUUAAUGCCAUAUACUCACUCAGGGGCGUAGCUAGGGUUAAUGCCAUACUCACUACGUAUGGGGCUCCGUGAGUUGAAUUUUCUCUGUAGUUGUAUUCAAUGUAUUCCAAUGCUUCAUUCUAACAAGGGACCGUGACCUGCAUCCGACGGAAUCUGCCUCGUAAAGGAGUCCAUGGCUUAUAAAGUUAAGAAACCCUGUACUAGAGUAAUGUUGAGACCAUGUACUAGAGUACUGUUGAAACCCUGUGCUAUAAAGUACUGUUGAAACCCUGGACUCAGUGGCGUAGCUAAGGUUGGUGUCACCCUGUGCGGUAAACUCAUGGUGUCACCCCCUUCCCCGGACUUCCACGACUGAUUUCUUCUUGUUAAAAUAAGUCCACAGUAUAACAAUGACAAGAGCAAAAACAAAUUAAUUAAAGGUCAGGAGGUAAAUUAAAAAUUGUAACAACGUUAAGUUAUAGUUAUUUUUACAUUACAUUUACUUUAUUAAAAAUUUUCCUUUCAUGGUCUUCAAAGCUGCAAACCUGUCAAUCACUUGAUCAAAAUCAAUAUCCUUCACCGUAUCACGUUCUACUGAUAGUAGAGCCACCAGAUUAGAUCGCCUUUUGUUCACUUACAUCUCAUGUAUGUUGUGCUGUGAAUUGUGUACAGUUGAAUGGGACAAUAACACAACACGUCGUCCUGUAACUGAAUAUAUCUACAGCGUAUUAUAUUGGCAUCAUUUGAUCACAUCUUCUUCUUCUCCACUGCUAAGUGGGUCGCACUGGCGGCUACCACGUGCUUACCACGCCCAGCGUUGACUUCAUGAUUCACAGACAUACGUUCAGCAGCACCCAGUUCCCGUGUUCCCCAGUUCUUGUGUUCCCCGGCUGUAAGCAGCAUGUAUAAAAAAAAAAACAACAACCUCGCCCAUCUAACCAAUCGCCCACGUUUUUAUCCAUUCCAUCAGCUGUCCCAUGCUUUCCUUCUCGUUCUUCCCUUCGUUUGCUUUCUCAUCUCUCCAAUUUUUUUCAAUCUGUAUAUUAUCUCCAUCCCUUUCUUUCCAUCUUUAUCCAUUUCUUGUCAUCUUUGUUAAUUUCUUUCCAUCUCUGUUCCUUUCUUUCAAGCUUAGUUCUUUCCAUCUCUAUUCAUUUCUUUCCAUCUCUAUUCCUUUCUUUCCCCCACCUCUGUUCCUUUCUUUCCAUCUCUAUUCCUUUCUUUCCCCCACCUCUGUUCCUUUCUUUCCAUCUCUAUUCCUUUCUUUCCAUCUCUAUUCCUUUCUUUCCCCCAUCUCUGUUCCUUUCUUUCAAGCUUAGUUCUUUCCAUCUCUAUUCCUUUCUUUCCAUCUCUAUUCCUUUCUUUCAAGCUUAUUUCUUUUCUUUCCAUUUGUAUUCCUUCUUUUCCGUCUCUAUUCCUUUCUUUUAAGCUUAGUUCCAUUCUUUCCAUUUCUAUCACUUUCUUUCAAUCUCUGUUCCUUCCUUUCUAUCUCUAUCCUUUUUCUUCCAUCUCUUUUAUUUCUUUCCAAUUUCUUUCUCUUUCUAUCCACCUCUGCCCUUUGAAUCCACCUCUGCCCUUUGAAUCCACCUCUGCCCUUUGAAUCCACCUCUGCCCUUUGAAUCCACCUCUGCCCUUUGUUUACACCUCUGCCCUUUCUAUCCACCUCUGCCCUUUCUUUCCCUCCCUGUCCCUUUCUUCCUGGGCGGCCAUCUUUGCUAACAAGCAGCCACCCAUGAAAAGAUGGCCAGCCGACGGAAGACUAGAAUACAUGCACCCCCAAUUCUUAUCACGUCUGGUACUCGUAAAGAUGUGGCUUCUCAUUGUCUUGUACUUCACAAUCUUGCCACACGGACAGUAACUAUGCCAGCCUUGAACUUAUGACUUGUGGGGGUGUGCGCGAGCUGAUGAUAGUGGAAUGUUCUUUAGGAACAGGGGAGGGAAAUCCAGAACAAUGAAGAGGGACGAAGUUCUAGAUCAAAAGUGGUUUUCAAGUCACUGCCACGCGUUUAAUUUUCCAAGCUUUCUUUUUAGACUACGCAACGAAUCAAUAGUGGAUGAAGAUAUGUUUAGGCUUGAAAAAUAAAAGACAGGGCAAUUACAACUAGGAAAAGAUUAGAUCCACGAGAUGUUACCUUGGGAGAGCAUGAACCAACAAUCAAAAGAGCAAACAGCACCUUACGUCAUUUUAAUUGAUAUCUUGGCUCGUCUUGAUAUCAAAGGGUUAACUGAGCACUUUCAACGUUGAAUAUAAGAAGGGCUGAGUUGAAACAUGUGGAUGGAGGCAAAUCUUUUAGCGUCAGCUUACCGAGGCCAAUGGCGUGACUUGAUGGAACGGUUGUCUACAUCUGUCCCGGUCAUUGUGAGCUCAUCAGCUCAUAACCCAGGGCCUCACAUAUAAGGCAUAUGAGGCCUUAUGCUAAGGUGAUGCAGUGGAGUGCAGAAGUUUGCUGAUGUUUGGGCCAAAUCCUUGAUAGUAUGCCUUUAACACUUAUCUAUAGGUCCCAGGAGAUGUGCCUGGUCGAACCCCCCCCCCUCUUUCCCCCCUCCCCCCACCUCUGUGCCCGCCAAAGAAGUGAGGUCAAAUGUUUAUUUCAAACAUAUGGAUUAAAAUAUAAUCCCUUGUAUUUGACCACUGGUAGGAUUACUGUAGUACACUACGUGAGACAUACAGUUAAUACAACAAGCACCUUAAGCCCUCUGUGCAUUCUAUGUUACAUGUGUCUACAGCCUCUCUCUCCACUAACUCGUCUUCCUCAUCUUAUCUGGUAGAGGGCACACGUUCACUCUUUGUUACAUGACUAAAUGUAGGGCUUUGUUUGAAUGAGCUUACAUGCGGUGUCGGCCAGGAGCUAUUUUUAGAUGUAUACAAACCACCUUUUGCAUGCUAGCCCGCCUUCUGUAACAAAUUAACCUAUCUUCUUAUCUUCUAUUGAAAUAACUUUUUACAGUUAAUAACUUUUUCGAAAAACCCAUUUUGCCAGCUCCUAGACUAAAUAUCAACACAUUGUCUCUAUAUCUCAACACCUAGUCUCUAUAUCUCAACACCUAGUCUCUAUAUCUCAGCGCCUGGUCUCUAUACCCCAGCACCUUGUUCUCUAUAUCUCAGCACCUUGUCUCUAUAUCUUAGCACCUAGUCUCUAUAUCUCAGCGCCUGGUCUCUAUAUCUCAGCACCUUAGUGAAGUAUCAAACUAGUCUACUGUAAAAGCCUGGUGGUGUUCUGAUGUCAACACACGAUUUGUUGUGGAGUAUUUCACUUCCCAAUCUAGUAACAACGCCAGGCUGACACCAACAUUCAGUUUCCUUGAGGCUUGCUACACACUACCGACAAGUCCCGACGGUAAUAUUGCCUGUCUUACUUUAAUUGCCCUUGCUCAAAGCAGUUUUUUUCAAACCGUGUACUUGUGUAGGGUGGGCAGUGGCGGAUAAUUAAGUUUGGGGGAAAGGGGGUGGGACGGACGUACCAAAAAUAGUUGUUAGUUUUCUUUUGUUAGUUUUGACGCUACUAUUUAAGGAUAUAGAAGAGAUUGUCACUUUCACAUGGAACAAAUCUUUUUUAAUAUACCCCCACCCGUGUGUUGUCUGUGUGUGUGUGUGUGUGUGUCUGCCACGUUAUUUUCAUACCAUGACGCCCCUUGGGGUUGUACAUAUGGUGUCUUUAUUAAAUGGCUCAUUAAUUGUAUGUGGACUUAAACGUUCACUAUGUAAUGUCAUUGCACUUGUAUGUUGACUUAAACGUUCAGUAUGUAAUGUCAUUUUACUUGUAUGUGGACAUUCAGUGUGUAAUGUAAGUGUCUUAAGAGUCCAUCAGAUUUGAUCAGAAAGUUGCUAUACGGAAGUUGUUUGAACUACUUAUGUUUCAACUGUCUGGCUGUCGCAGUGCACCCACAGUAACACUGUUUCAACUGCCUGGCUGUCGCAGUGCACCCACAGUAACACUGUUUCAACUGUCUGGCUGUCGCAGUGCACCCACAGUAACACUGUUUCAACUGUCUGGCUGUCGCAGUGCACCCACAGUAACACCGUUUCAACUACCUGGCUGUCGCAGUGCACCCACAGUACCAAUUAUUUGAGAGUGAAUUGAGAUAAUGGUAUGUCUCCAGGAAUCGGUGCCAAAGAUAUUCAAGGAACACCGUUCGGCCUUAUAAGCUCCAAAUGUGUCAGACUGAGACGAUUGUGGUUAAGUUAUGUGCUGACUCUUGCGUUGUACAAAAUCAAUAAAAUUUAUUGUAUUAAGCGCCCUGGCUGUGUUUCACAAACCGUUUUAAUAGUGCUACAAAUAAUUGUUUGAUAUUUCGGCCGGUCAUUACAAGUCCAUAUUGAAUCAAGUGGUAGAUCAACAUUUGGGUGGUGCUAGCUUGACUCAGUGCAACCCCAUCCCCCAGCCCAGGCGUUUAACAAGCAGCAAAUGAAAAUAUGACCCCCUUCCCUAAGAUCCCCUGCUAUCAUCCCCGCAAUAGCAAAGCUGCCAUCCCUCACUACCUGAGAUCCCCUACACCAUACGGCCCGCGAGCCACAUGCGGCCCCCAGCACCCACUUGGCUGCCCGCGAAGUAACGAAAUACUCUUUAUUAUUUCCUUAAUUAAUAGCUUUCGCCCCUGUCCUAUUAUCUUUCGGCCCGCACAAGUUUUUCAUAAAGGAUUACGGCCCGCCUUACAUUUUGAGUUGUGCAGGCCUGCCCUACUGGAAGCCCCCACCAUGUGAUCCCCCGUUACUGGCAGCCCCUGUCUGACGCGUUCAUUGUUUAAAAAAAUCUCAUCCCAAAAUUCUUGUCACCUCUCUGAUAUCAUGACUAUAACCUUAAGCAUUUUGUUUUAUAAAGAUAGAGAGCGCUUUCGUGUUUUUUUUUUACACGAGUAAGAUCCGCUAGUGGCCACCCCCUGCUCGGAAACUGCUGCGCUACCGAGAUGUUUCACACAUUCGUAAACAGAGCAGUGGACAAAAUCCUCAAAGUAUUUUAGCUUUUAAGUCGCAUUGCCUGUGAUUAGUGUAUUGUCCUCGUAGUAGGAAGAUGGUGGCUUAGGUUUGAUCACAUUGUUAGGGACAGUGUUAUUGUCCUUAUAGUAGGAAGCUGGUGGCUCAUCUUUGGUCACAUGGGGGGGGGGGGGCAGUGUGACAUGGAGUAUGCAAGCGGCCCUUUCGUUUCUUGACGGGGUCGUAAAACACAACAAACCUGCGGGAGGUAAUCACACAGCCAGGUGUUACGAACAGGAACGCCCAUCGGGAAGGUGAAGGGCGAUCCGUUUUUGACNGGGGGGGGGGGGGGGGGGGGGGGGUGGGGGGGGUGGGGUCUAGCUCAGCGAAUGUUGGUAAUUAAUUUAUGCUCGUGUUCAUUUUUUUAACAUGCGAUGGAAAUCAUAUAUAGAGAGAAAUGGUUGGAGAUAUGAAAUGAAAAAGUGUUUGGGGGGGGGGGCUUUUUUCUGGUGGUGUCGCGUGGGCUCCCGGUGACAACAUUAAUGUGUACCAAUAUUAGCACAUUUAAAUGCCGGGGUUCUUAACGCCUCGCCUCCCCCUGGAAUUUGUAACACCCCCACAUUCAAACGUCACGUAGUUAUACAAGGAAGCAGUCGGGUUGACAUCAGUUAUAAAUAUAAAAAAAGCAAAAAACAACACUGCUAAUUGUGGUGUGUGUUGAUUUUGGCUGUUUAAUGGUGUUAUCUGCAACCAUCGCCACACCACCCAUCACAUCACCAGCCAUCACAUCACCACCCAUCACAUGACCACCCAUCACAUCACCAGUCAUCACAUCACCACCCGUCACAUCUCCAGCCAUCACAUCACCACCCGUCACAUCACCACCCGUCACAUCACCGACCAUCACAUCACCACCCGUCACAUCACCAGCCGUCACGCCACCACCCAUCACAUCACCAGCCGUCACGUCACCACCCCUCACAUCACCACCCAUCACAUCACCACCCAUCACAUCACCAGCCAUCACAUCACCACCCGUCACAUCACCAGCCAUCACAUCACCACCCGUCACAUCACCACCCGUCACAUCACCAACCAUCACAUCACCACCCGUCACAUCACCAGCCGUCACGCCACCACCCAUCACAUCACCAGCCGUCACGUCACCACCCAUCACAUCACCACCCAUCACAUCACCACCCAUCACAUCACCACCCAUCACAUCGCCAGCCAUCACAUCACCACUCGUCACAUCACCACCCGUCACAUUACCACCCACCACCACAACAACGGUAAGGACGUUCUCUCAUAAAGGGUUUGAUGGUUUAAUCUCCCCUUUUAUCUUUGGGGCUCCACAGUGAACUUACCGACACACGGGGCGUCAGCCCACCUCCAGGUCUGCACACCAAUUAAACAACCGACACACGGGGCUUCAGCCCACCUCCAGUUCUGCACACCAAUUAAACAACCGACACAUGGGGCUUCAGCCCACCUUCAGUUCUGCACACCAAUUAAACAACCGACACACGGGGCUUCAGCCCACCUCCAGUUCUGCACACCAAUUAAACAACCGACACACGGGGCUUCAGCCCACCUCCAGUUCUGCACACCAAUUAAACAACUACAAAAAAACAACAACAAACCAACAAAAUCAACCAUUUAACAUUAAAUCUGUCGAGGUCAGUUAAGUUUAGGCUAGUCAAGGUCAGUUAAAAUUAGGUCAGUCAACGUCAGUUAAAUUUAGACCCGUGAAUGUCAGUUAAGUUUAGGCCAGUUAACAUUAGACCAGUCAAGGUCAGUUAAUUUUAGGCCAGUCAAUCUCAGUUAAGUUUGAGUGAGACUGGGCCGUACCAAGUAUUCCACAAAACAGUGAAUACAAAUUCAUUGAAGUACAACUGUUACAAUCUGCUCCACCUUUAUUAAUAACAAAUAAAACAUUAAGGGUUCUCAAGAACCUGGCUUCACUUUCUUCCACCUACUCCUUGUGGAGUCCUGUCAGCGCUUCUUCUUACACAGCUGAGCAACAUUUGGCUUGAGUGAGGAAGCAACUGAGACCCUCAGUUUAGCUUGAAGAUGCUCAUCAGUAAGUUUGGCCCUGAACUGUGACUUGUUAAAGUUCAAAGUUGAAAAGAGCUUUUCACAGAGAUAAAUACUCCCAAAAAAGGCACAUGAUCCGCUUGAACAACCUGGAAAUCUCAGGGAAGAUGGAGAAUGAGGUUGGGUUGGGAGGGUGGGAUCUUCCACAUUAAAGGAGAAAGGGUCAGCAAAAAGUUGAAAAGUGGUUCUGUGUGUUUUAAAGUCUGAAAACAUGUAAGCAAAUCCUUCCUGUAGCUUUGCAAUGGCAUCAAUAUACUUACUACUCAGUUACUACUGAAUGGUGUGCCCGAGUCCUUAAGUACUCUGCAUGUUGGGAAAUGGCAGAGGUUUCUCUAAGAACCAUAACACAAGUUUUGUGCAGAAUGCCCUGAUUUGUUAUAGGCAAAACUGACAAUCUACCCCAGGACUUGUUAUUUCUUGUUGAGUACAUUCAGCUCCUGUGUAUUGUCAACAAGAAAAGCCAAGUCCAUGAGCCAUUUGGGAUCACUUUGUACAGGAAUAGCCACCCCAUCUUUCUCCUUGAAGGCUUAAAAUGCUAAAAUGUGUUCAAACAGUAGGCAUGAGCAGGCAAUAUUUAUGAAUUAUUGAUGUGAAGGAAGAUGCUGUCGUAGGGAGAAUAAAUUUUGAUUUUUUUAGUGCAGAAAAGGCCUUUUUGAAUAACGCUAUUUUGAAAGUGACCAAGCCGACAGUCUCGGACUUACCCUCACUCGUUAACACUAGUGGCAAUUUUAAUAAGGAUUCUUUGAUACUGUGACCGAUUGCUGUGAUUUAGACAAUUUGGUUGUGCAUUACCCACAAAAUAACUUUUAAACUUUUCUCAAAACCAUGUUUUGGUCAUGUUUGUCUAAUAAAAUGCUAUAAAAUAAAAAAAAUUUAGUCCUAUAUUAAAACAGUUUUUACCAUUAUAAUCAACGUCCAAAUAUAUGCAAAUAUAUGCAAACAUAAUAAAAAUCAAAAUUAGACUAGUUGGGGAGAUUCGACAGAAACCGUCGCGGAGGGUUACAUUAUAGUUAUGAGAAUGGGGAAAAUGCGCGGGCCGCAAAAUAUCAUCUUGCGUGCCGCAAAUGGCCUGCGGGCUGCGAGUUUGAGACCCCUGCUUUAAAUUAAUAUUUGAUAAAUCCUUAAUCAUGUUCAUUUUUCUUGUCUUUAUAUUUAUGUAGUCUAAAGGUGGAGAGCUCGAUACUCCUCAAGCAUUUAUCAUUAGUUUGAUGGACCCUGACCUUAAAGGAGGUAAAAGAUUACAGGUUUUGGAGGCUCUCAGGGUGUCACUGACCAGUAAACCCGUCAGGUAAAAACAUUCUAGUAGACUAUUCAAGUUUGUAAUAAAUAUUUAGAAAAUAACUGAAAUAGGAGAUGGUGCAAAUUGCUUACUACAUUGUUUCCUUGAAAAUAUUCUGAAAAAAUUCAAACUCUUUACAUUCAUCUUUGCUUAACAAACACUGCAAUUUAAAAGAAAGAGUAGCAGGGAGUGGACAGAGUGUAAACCAUCCCCCACCCCUCCCGAAAUUGUGUACUUAACUAAAGUCUAGAUAUCCUUAUAUUUUAGAUUACCUCUCAGCAACCUUAGGCCUUUCAAAGAAUUCCACACCAAUAAGGUUUUACAUUUAAAUUGACUUAAUUUGUAAAUUGAAUUAUUCUUUUUCAUCAAAUCCUAAACAACUUCAUUUAUAUAUUUAUUUUGUUUCUUUUAUUUUUAAGUUGGGUCAAAGAGUUUGGUGAGAGGGGCUUGAAUGCCAUCCUGAGGAAUCUCACCUACUGCUGUGAUAAGUAAGCAUGGACUGGGAUACUUUCAUCAAUACAUUACUUUAUCUUUUAAAGCAACACGCUGAAGGGUUGUUUUUUAAAACUUUUUCUACUGCAGGUUUUUCAAGAAAGACAUUUAGAAAAUUAUAUUUAUAAAAAUAGCCCUUUAAAUGUCUGGCUUAUAUAUAAUCUUAAAGGAUUGAAUAAAGUUUUUAAGCUUGAUUAAUAAUUGCAGCAAUAUUGCCCUCAUAAAGCCAGGACUGUGGACAGGCAUUGAAAUAGCAAUAUUGCCCUCGUAAAGCCAGGACUGUGGACAGGCAUUGAAAUAGCAAUAUUGCCCUCGUAAAGCCAGGACUGUGGACAGGCAUUGAAAUAUAUCUUUUACAGCCUUCCAGUAACAUUCCUAGAUUGUGUGCUUGUUUCAUUUGAAGAUGCUAAUUUAAUAUAACGAAUUGCUUCUUGUAGCUUGCUACAGUUUAUUUCCAACUAUUUAAUGUAUGACUUUCUCCCUACAUUUUUUUCGAAAUAGCACAUCAGAACGGAGAAGUACAUACGAAUGUGUAAGAUGUCUGAAAGCAUUCAUGAACAACAAAGUGAGUAAAAUGUCACUCUUGAUUACCCAGCCUUUUUUUUAAACCCUUAUUUUGUCACUGGUGUCUUAAAGUGUUUUAACAACCAUUUAAUGCUUAUCGUUUUUAAAUAAUAUCAACUCUGAAACAACUGGUUGUAAUCAGGAGUCUCCCAUCUGUGCCUCAAGAAUUAUUCAUUGAGUUUUUUGAAUGCCACCAUAAUUUUUGCAGGAGGUUGACAUGAAUUUAAAAAAAAAAUUAAUAUCAGUCCAAUUUGAAAUGUAAUUAAAUGUGGUCCAGCCAAUCCGUUUUAAAGAUUUAACAAAUCCAUUGCCUUUGAGCAUCAUUAAUGGCUAAAAAUAGUUAAGUCUAUGUACAUGUGAUUACGAUAAAACCAGAAUUUGCACUGGUGCAUGAACAUGAACAAACAUCCAAGAAUAGUAGCAUUGACCUGAGUGUUGAUUUAAAAGUUGUUGACCUUAGUUGUUGCAUCACUUAUUGUUGUCACCAUGCAGUAGAACACAAAAACAGUAGCUUUUUCAUGAGUAGGAAAAUGAGACAUUUUAAAUAUUAACAACCUACCCUUGUAAAAUGUUAACUUCGUUUCAAUAAUAGAAUGAUGACAUGCAUGAUUGAUGAAGAUUAUUUUAGGUUGGUAUACCAUAUCAAAAUUUUCCUAAUUUUAUCUACUUGUCCGCGGUUUUCUUAGUCUGUGUAAAAAAAAAUUAUAGUUUUCCUCAAUCCAUAUGGCUAUAAUAUGCAGGCUGAUCUUUCCUGCCAGUAACUACCUACAGGCUAUUUAGAAAAAUAACUCCUAUCAUUUCAGUGUAUUAAACGAAUUAAGCCUAAAACAGUCCAGCAUGACAAAAUUUAAAUAUUUGCCAAUUUUCCACAAUUUAUUGAAUUGAACAAUACAUUAUUUAUCCCUUGUCUGAAUUGCUUAGUAAUAAAAUACCUCGCAUGUUGCCUUGCAUGUCCACUUUAGACCUUUGUGGAUUUUGUCAUUUCAGUUUGGACUCAUGAGUAUUUUGGACCAUGAAGAGGCACUUACAAUUAUGUCUAGGACUGUGGACCCGUCGGAUCCACCCACAAUGCUUGAAGCUGUUCGUCUGCUGGCUGCCAUGUGCCUUGUACCACCCAAUGGGUAUUGAAUAGUUUUAUAGCUUAUACCAUUAUUUUUACAGGUCUGAAACUGUCAAUUUGGUGUUUACUAUUGCCAAAGUACAAAUAGAUCCUUAUGUUUUUAUGUUGCAUGUAAUUGUGGUAGGUAUAACAAAAUUAGUCUUUUAUUAAUAUUUUACUAAUUAUAGCAAUUUUUUAAAAUAUCUUUCAUAAUCAAAUGAGUCCUUACUAUUUUUUAAACUUAAUAUUUCCAAGAAUAUGUAUAUUUUGGCUUAACUAUUUUUUAAACUUUAAUAUUUCCAAGAAUAUGUAUAUUUUGGCUGUUGCACAAAUAUUUUUCUGAAUAGAAAAAUACAUUUUAGAGGCAUUACUUGCUUCAAAUGGAAAGUAAGUCAUUGAAGCCCUCAAAAGCAAUGCAAGUUUAGAGAGCCUCAGGCUGUAAAUAUCUUUAAAGAACAAUAACGAAAUAAGUUAAAAUUGGGUAAGUCUUACCCUGAAAUGGUGAAUGAUGACUUUGUGAUCAAAAUUUUGUUGUAACACCCACCAACCCUUAUUUACCCCAACACGUUACAACUGCUUAAAUGUACUGUUUAGAAAUCAUCAUCAUUAUUGGCAAUUACUCAUCAGACAUGAAAAAGUGUUGGAAGGCUUAACAGUGUGUGGUGAAAUACGAAGUCAGGAGAGAUUUGUUCCCAUCAUCAGUGGCCUUGCAAUGAGGGAUAAUCCUGCAAUGCAGGUUUGUUUUAAUUUUUCAUUAUCAGCAAAUGUUUCCCACUGGAUUUUUAUGAUAUCAAUGAAUCAUAAAAAUUAAUUUGAUAUUUUAUAGAAUUGUUUCAUGCUAAGUUGAUGCUAUGUUUCUUUUUUUGUUACAUAUUUAUUACAAAACUUUGAUAUUUUUCUUUUUCUUAAAAAAGUUUUUGACAUUGAGAAUCAGAAAAUUCUAAAAUUCUAAUGCAACAUACCGGUAUUUUAUUUAUUUAUUUUUUUAACCUAAUUUUAUCAUCUGGCUUUUUUAAUGUUUCAUAUUCAUGAAAAAAAAAAUGUUUAUCAGUUGAACUUUUGAUUCAAAUUAGUUCUUAAUUUCUUGUAUUCCGGAAAGAGUAUAUUUGAUUGAUUUUAUGACUAUGACUAUUGUAAAUUUUGUCAUCUGACAAUAAUAUUUAUUAUAUUCCACCCAGGUUGCCUGUAUCCAGGUAGUCAAUGCCAUUGUCUUCACACCUGAUGAUAUUGAUUUCAGGAUGCACUUAAGAAAUGAGUUCAUGAGGACAGGGCUCAUAGAUCUUUUAGAAGUAAGUUAAUUGCCAAAUUAAUUCCAUAGUUUUCAAAAUUCUUUGCAAGUUCUAAAACUAUUUACUGCUACAUAAAGCAUGCAGAAUUUAAAGGCAAAAAAAAAAAAAAAAAAAAAGACCAAUACAUGAGUUAAAACCUAAAAUUAUAAUAUUAAUUAGGACAAUUUAAUUUUGAGUCUUUUCUUUGAAAUGAAAUGUAUAACCUCAAUAGUUAAAGAAUUUCAUUUAAUGUUCUUCAAAAUAAAUGUUCACUAGUGGUUAGAUAAUCAAGAGGAUGAGGAGCUGAAGACCCAUGUUAAGAUUUUCCAUGAGCACAAAGAGGAAGAUCAAGAAGAGUUUUCUCAUCGCUAUGACAACAUAAGCAUGGAGAUUGAAUAUCCUUUUAAACAAUUUCAGAAAAGAAUUCUACAAUUUUACUUUAUUUACUUAGCGCAAUUAGUGGAAAAAAAGCCAUCACAUUUGAUCAUUGUAAAAUUUACAUCAUUUGGGAAUAAAAGAAUGAUCAUAAUUUUUAUUUCUAAAAAACAAAAAAAAAAAAAAAAAAAAAAAAAAAAAAAAAAAAAAAAAAAAAAAAAAAAAAAAAAAAAAAGAAAAAAAAAAAAAAAAAAAAAAAAAAAAAAAAAAUUAAAAUAAAAAAAAAAAAAAAAAAAAAAAAAAAAAAAAAAAAAAAAAAAAAAAAGAAUUUGCUUAAUAAGAAAACGUGGGCUUCAUUUACGUUUGUAAAAAAAUAAAAAUGUAAAUAAUGAAAACAAUGCUAACAUUUCUGAGUUUUGCUUCACUGAAAGUCCAAUAAAAAAAAAAAAAAGAUCAAACUUCAGUUAAAUAUAAUUUAUAAUUUUAAAAAUUGAAUCUCAAAACAAAAAUCUAUUUGUUUUAAAAUACAUAAAUACGAUAUAAAUGAAAUAUCUGAAGAAAUGUAUAUGUUGAAAAACAUGAACCAAGAUACUAUUUCAAUUGCGCUUUGAGAAUCAUAUGAUAAAAUAAAAACAAAUUGUAUUUUUUUAAAAGUAAUUCCUUAACAUGCCUCACAGACCCUACAGCUUGCUUUCAGCUACUUCUCCGUUCUGUUGGUAACACUGUUGCAGAACCUUAUUUCCUGUCCAUAUUACAACACCUGUUAUUAAUACGAGAUGAUAUUUUUGCCCGGUAGGUGUUUAGGGAUGAUAGUUUGAAAAAGUUAGUUUAGACUUAAGACAUUAAAAAAAACUUUUUUUGCUGUGCUACAUCCCACAUUGUGUGUUAAUUUUUAAAUUUUGCAUGAGUCAUAGGUGUGGAAUGAGAAUUACAUUGCGAAUUUCAGGGAUGCUGAUCAAUGAUCAAUUCAUGAAACUUUAAAUAUACCAGAUAAACUCAUUAAAGUUAAAGCUUUGAAGUUUAUUAACUGAAUUGGAAGUGAUUUUUUUUAUUUAUAAAAGACAUAUGCUUUAUUUUAUUUCGGUGCAAGGAUUGAAUGAAUAAAUGAAUAUUAAAUUGUCACAAUAAAUUAAUGAAACACAUUUUCUGAAUACUUUUCUUCUUUGACGGCUAGCUAAAUUUAGUCUAGACACAAUGAUUGGACUAAAUUUGUUUACAGGGAUACAACUUUCAGGCUAUUAUUUCCACAGGCCGCAGUAUUACAAGUUAAUAGAAGAAUGCAUAACUCAGAUUGUCCUUCACCGUAGUGGCUGUGACCCUGACUUCAGACAGACAAAACGUUUUGACAUUGAUGUUGAGCCUCUAUUGGGUUAGUAUCAUUUCACCAUUUUUGUUGUUUUUGAUUGUUAACACUACUUCAGUUUCAUUUACCAGAAAUGUAGAUAAUCUCAAAUGUUGAUAAAUAAUUAUAUGGUCCUAGUUUUGUUUGAGCUCUAUGACAUUUAGCUGUAAUUUUCUUAGAGCUUAAAUGCAAUACAUGUCUCUUAUAUCUCUUACAUUUUUUUCAAAGAAUGAGAAUGUCUAAAAUGUUUAAAAUACAAAGGCACUUGGAUAUGUUAUGCUGCACUACAAUACAGUUUAUAAAUCUCUGAAGUUUACGAAUAGUAAAGAAUAAUAAAUUGUUCAAGUCUCAGAUUUCACAAUUAUUUUGGUCAUAGGUAUCUUUUAUCAUUAACAUAGCAAGAUUAAAAAUAAUUUAGUUUCCCUUUUCAUAUCACUAUGUUAAAUGAACUACUAUUUUACUAUAAUUUAUCUGUCCUUGAUUUAACCCACGAAAUGUCCAUGUUAUUAUGUAAUGUGCAGGCAUUUUAAAGCGUUUUGGGUGCCUUUGAAAAAUUUGAUUUUUCACAUGCAAAUACUAUAGCUAGACACAAUAAAGUAUAUAUUCAUUGAAAUUAGGCUGAGUGGGGAAUCAUAUUGGCUAUUUUUUAAUGAUAUUUUAUACUCUGUGACCGUGAGCCUCACCUUGGUUGGGCCAAUAAUAAAGAAAGUAAUGAAAAGUUUUCUUUUCAAGUACCUCAAAUUACAAUUUUUUAAAGACAUAUUUAUGUUUAUAUAAUAUGAUAACAUUUUUAUUUAUCUUUCAGAAAAUGAAUUAUUUGUAUAUGUUUUAGUUAUUAAUAGAUUAAAAAAAAAAUUCUACUGAUACCUAUAAUUAUGUUCAAGUAACAAAGCAUUACAUAAACAAUAUAAACAUGGCUAAAUAGCAAGAAACAGACAAAAUUUAAAAAGCUGCUAUAUAAAUAUUUAAUCCAUAAAAUGAAUUAUAAGAAAACAUAUAUAGAACAACAUCCAAGUAUUAUUUGUUUAAACACAAUCAUCUGCUACAUAGUUUUGAACAAGUCCUGUUGUUGGGGCAACGCCUUCUGAGCCUACUCGUUCUAGGCCUAGGUCUAAAUCGUCCGAGUCCGAACUUUCGCUUUCUGACCCACUAGAAAAAAUAAUUGGAAUUAUCAUUGUCUUCGUGUGUGAUCGGAAAAUCAUCUCCCGAAUCACUUAAUUCAUUAACUAAAAAGUUAUCAAAAAGAUUCCUAACUGAUUUAUUUUGUAAGCCAGUUGGUCAAGCUAUGGCCUCAUCCAUUUCGUGAAAAUCGUCUUACACAAAUUUGCUUGAUCCAGAUCGUUGUAAAAAUAACUCAAAAGUUUAAAAAAAAGGAAACAGAAGAGCGUAAAAUGGAAGUUCAUUUAUUAAUAAAAUGAAUUGUUUUAUUUAGUGUAAAAUAUUGGACGGGAACUUCUUCUUUCAAUGCAAUUUUUAUCAGCCAAUUUUAUUUGCCGACACAGUACAGGAAGAGACAAUAGGCCGACGACGGUUCGUGGGUUACCCUAACAUCUCAAGUUUAGCAGCUUAUGCUAUUUUACUUGUGGACAAUCAGAGAUAUUCAAGUAAAAUUUUAAAGAAAACACGUCACCAAUGAAUCAUUCUUGUUAAAAUGGUAGUAUGAACUUUUCAAACAUAAACACCGGUACCAAAAUAAAGGUCAUGACAUUAAGUCAAGAAAUUAUUAAUUAUUUUUUUUGCCCAGUGUCACUAUCAGAUAGGUCAAAGUUUGAAGACCCCGGAGAGAUAAGUAUUGCAGACAUGACUGCCAAGCUAGACACUGCACUGACCGCAAAACAGGAAUCUGAAGCCAAAGCAACUAGUUUAGAGAGCAAGGUUCAACAGUAUGAGCUGGAGUUGACUCAACUGAAAGAAAAGGUUGGAAGGGAAUAAGUGAAUUCUGAAAUUUAAAAAAAACACAAUUGUUUUGUUGCUAUGUAAUAUUUAAUAUUUGAAGGGGAAUUUUUAUAUCUUCUUCUUCUAUAUUUUGAUGGCCCUCGACCAUUGUAUCAUCCUGGCUCCUAUCAGUGUAGCUACAAGCUUUAUUCUUUGGUGUGAUGAACAAUCUCUUCAGAUCACUGCAUGAAAGACCAAGGAAAUCAUCAAUUUCCAGAGGUGGAAGCACCAAAGUUAAAAAUCUUUAAAAGAAAUAUCACAGUACAUUUCCGUUAACAAACCAAUUAUUAAAAUAUUCUUCAAUGCUUCAGAUGGAACCCUGUCGAGCCUUGGUAUAAAUGUGCUGGGGUGGAAAUUCAUUGUAUCUCACAUCAAACAAAUAAAUAGACCAAUUUAAAAAAAUGCGAGUAAUGCUUCUAAAAUAUUCCUACCAAGCUUUGAACAAUUAUUUAAUGCAAAAAAUAUUUGAAAAACUGAGUUAAAUUUUGGUGGAAAUAUCCCAGCCAUUACAGCAGAGGCGUAGCGAGAGUGUUUGGCGCCCAGGGACAAGAUUCGUGCCUGGGGACGAAAUUCAUUUUAAAGCGCCCCCUUUUCUUUUUUCAACUCUCAAAUCCAUUAUUUUCAUCAAUAAAAUAAUAUAAAAGCACAUUUUGGCGCCCCUAUCUAGCUGGCGCCCGGGACAUCUGUCCCCCCUGCCCCCCUUCGCUAUGCCUCUGCAUCGGGGCUAAUUCUUUCUCUCAAAAAGUACUGACAGAUAUAGAUCCCAUUCUUACAGAAUUCACCAGCAUCCUUUUCUGGCUGUCAUCAAAUCAUUUAAUCACUCUUAGAGUCAAGAUUGUCAUGGAAGUGAGGUUCACUGUUUUACCUCGUUAUGGCUGAUUUUUUUUUUGCCAUGGAACAAUACUUAAAAAUAUGUAACCAUAAAAUUUUUGUGUUUAAAAGUGACAUUAUCAGAAUGUUAACUUUCUGUGGGUUAUUAUUAUUAUUUUUUAAAAUUUGAUGUACUGAAAAUGAAUAUGUCCAUUGUCAUCAAAACACAUUGCCAUUUAUUUGGGUCAAUGAAGAAUCUUAACUUAAUCUUAUCUUUAAAAAGAUAUCAUUUUCUUGUCCAGAGUUUAUUCUUUUUUAAAUGAGAAUGCAGUUGAAUACAGAUCAGCCAAAGCUUUGGAUCUUCAUCACUAUUUGUAAUUAUGUUUCAUUUAUUCCAUACAGAUCAGUCAAGGUAUUGGAGCAAACAUCAGCGCAGCACUCGUAAAAGGGCAUGGAGAAGGUGCAGGAGGGCCGGCUCCUCCCCCACCUCCACCACCACCAGGAGGAGGGCCACCCCCACCUCCUCCACCCCCACCACCCCCUCCCCCACCUGGAAUGGGGCCACCGCCUCCUCCGCCCCCACCACCACCCCCAGGAGGGGGUCCGCCUCCUCCACCCCCUCCACCUGGCAUGGGUCCCCCCGCUCCGCCCGGCAUGGGUCCACCACCACCACCUGGUGCAUUUUCUCCCCCUUCAAAUGCGCUUCCCCAUGGCAUGGCACCAAAGAAAAAAUAUACUACCACAGCUCAGACCAAGAGAUUAAAUUGGAAUAAGGUAUUUCAUUUACUAAGAUUAAUUUUUUAUUUUUAUUUAUGUCUACCAUUUUUAGAUGUUUUUCUUGGAAUAGUUUCAACUAUUUUUUAUAUUAACUCAUUUCCCUAAUUUUGGUUAUAAUUUUUAAAUCACUACUUAUAUUUUUCAAUGGUUUUUUAGUACUGGAAGGACAUUUUAUUUAAUCAUUUAAAUUGGGAAUUAGUCACUACCAUCCAAGCCAUCAAUAAUACAUUUGUGAAUUAGGUUGAUAUCUAUUUAUAAUUAGGGAACUCCUUUACUUAUAUGUUUUAUUUUACAUGUCUAGUUGAACCCUAAGCAGCUGGAAAAGGACUCAAUCUGGGUGAACCUGCAUGAAGAACAGUUUGAAAGCCCAGAUAUCUUCAGCAAUUUGGAAGAAAUGUUUUCCACAAAGGCUCCACGUAGGUUUCAAUUUAAUUAGUUAGCCAAAUCCAGCUUCCCAAUGUUUGUAUGUCACAUGAAUUUUUUAUUGAGUUAUUUCUGAAUAAAUAUUUUAAUGGUUUCAGCCAAAAAAGAACAUUCUGAAGUAGCAGAGAAGCCAGCCAAGAAGGGGAAAGAACUCAAAGUGCUUGACAUGAAAUCAGGCCAAAAUUUGUGUAAGUUAAUUUCGCCUAAUUCUUCCCUUUUGUAAUUUCUCAAUUCAAAUUUGGUUCUCAGAAAAAAAAUGAACUACUAUUUGUUUAAUAAAUGCUUAUAAUUUCCUUUUUUUUCCACAGCCAUUCUGCUAGCCUCUAUAAAGAUUCCAUAUCCUGAAAUUAAACGCCGCAUCUUACAAGUGGAUGAAGCAAAUCUCACCUCAGCCAUGAUUGAGCAGUUCAUAAAAUACAUGCCUGAACCUGAUGAGAUGAAGAAACUUUCUGAACUAAAAGAAGACUACAAUACAUUGGCAGAACCAGAGCAGUUUGCUGUUACUGUAAUUCUUUUAGAUCCUUAUCCUCAUUAGCAAGUUUGACUACACACCAUAAUUUUAUAAAAUAUCUCCCUUAUGUUAAAUGUAAAUAAAAAUGUAUAUGUAAACAGCUGAAAUGAAUGUUAUAUAUCAUAUUUCAGAAAGUUCAAAUUAUAACUGAGAUUAUAUGAUAAGUAACAACAUAGUCUGUGUGGGGAAAAAAUAACAUUUCAUUUAAACUAUUAAAACAUGUGACAUAAAUUGAUAAAUAAAAAAAAAAAUUUGUUCUAAAUUUAAGUUAAUAGUUUGUUUUAAAUACCCAUCAGUGUGCCCUGUUAACUUUCAGAUGUCAACUAUCAAGCGCCUGGUUCCCCGCCUUAAUGCCAUUCUGUUCAAAAUGAGAUUUUCUGAACUUGUUUCAGAUAUCAAGCCGGUUAGUGCAUUAUACAAUGUUGAAAUAAAUUAUCUUUAUAAUGUUUUUCUGAUCAUGUUUUUCUUCUCUUCUUAAACUUAGUUGGAAAAAAUGAAAGGCACUGUUCCAAAACAUUUUUUACAAAAUAUUUUUAUAUAAUUAUUUAAUUUUUGUUAGUUAAAAGAGUUUUUGUUUAAUUAUAUUGACACUUACUAACUCCCAUAGGAUUUGGUGUCUGCUACUGAAGCUUGUGAUGAAAUAAAGAACAGUCGAAGGUUUGCCAAAUUAUUGGAGCUUCUUCUUCUAAUGGGAAACUACCUUAAUUCUGGUUCCAGAAAUGCACAGUCUAUAGGCUUUGAUAUAAGCUUUUUGACUAAAGUAAGUCGGCAAAAUAUUGCCAUUUUUUUUUUGUUGGUAAUUUUUUUUGUAUCUCUAAGUUUUGUGUGUGCGUUUUGUUUUUAAACAUUGUUUCUGUGAAUCAAGCACAUCACAAACUCCUUUACUUUUAACAGUUGGAAGGUACAAAGAGUCAGGACAACACCUUAACUAUGCUUCAUUUCUUAGCACAAAUUUUAGAAGAGAAAUAUCCAGACAUCCUGG